AUGGCGUCCAACAACGAGGCGUCUGAGCGGAGGAUCUCCUAUGCUGUCGACGUUGAGAACGGUGCUCACCGCGAUACCCCUGCCGAUGGCGGCAACCUCGACGAAUACUCUGCUCUGAACCGUUACAUCUCGACUGCUCAAAAUGGCCGCCGUGGUUCUGCUUCCAGUGCUGGCGGUGCCAGCACCAAGAAGAACAAGAAGCCCUGGUACAAGUUCGGUGGUGCCAAGGACUCCGUUGAGGAGGGCUGGCAAUGUCCCGAUGAGUGGCUCCAGACUGAUCUGCGAUCUGGUCUGAGCUCCGGUGACAUUGAGCCCCGUCGCAAGAAGUGUGGUUGGAACGAGCUUACAACUGAGAAGACCAACUUCUUCAUCACUUUCCUUGGUUAUUUCCGUGGUCCUAUCCUUUAUGUUAUGGAACUCGCUGUUCUACUCGCUGCUGGUCUGCGUGACUGGAUUGAUCUGGGUGUCAUCUGUGGUAUUCUUGCUCUUAACGCUAUUGUCGGUUGGUACCAGGAGAAGCAGGCUGCUGACGUUGUCGCUUCCCUCAAGGGUGACAUCGCCAUGCGUGCCCACGUUAUCCGUAAUGGUCAAGAGGAGGAGGUCCUUGCCCGUGAACUUGUUGCUGGUGACAUUGUUGUCCUCGAGGAGGGUACCGUUGUCCCCGCUGAUGUCCGUCUUAUUUGCGACUACGACAAGCCCGAGAACUUUGAGCUCUACAAGGAGUUCAUCAUCAACUCCAACGACGACACUCUCAAGGAGAAGGACGACGAGGAUGAUGAGGAUGCUCACGAGACUCACACCGGUGUCUCUCUGAUUGCUUGCGAUCAGUCUGCUAUCACUGGUGAGUCUCUCGCUGUCGACAAGUACAUGGCCGAUGUCUGCUACUACACCACUGGUUGCAAGCGUGGCAAGGCCUACGGUAUCGUCACUGCCACUGCCCGUCAGUCCUUCGUCGGAAAGACUGCUGCUCUUGUCCAGGGUGCCAACGACACUGGUCACUUCAAGGCUGUUAUGGACAACAUCGGUACCUCUCUGCUCGUUCUCGUCAUGUUCUGGAUUCUCGCUGCCUGGAUCGGUGGUUUCUACCGUCACUUGAAGAUUGCUACCCCCGAGCACUCCGACAAUAACUUGCUGCACUACACUCUUAUUCUGCUGAUCAUCGGUGUCCCCGUCGGUCUCCCUGUCGUUACCACCACCACUCUCGCUGUCGGUGCUGCUUACCUUGCUGAGCAGAAGGCUAUUGUCCAGAAGCUCACUGCCAUCGAGUCCCUCGCUGGUGUCGACAUUCUGUGCUCUGACAAGACUGGUACUCUCACUGCUAACCAGCUCUCCAUCCGCGAGCCCUAUGUCGCUGAGGGUGUUGAUGUCAACUGGAUGAUGGCCGUCGCUGCUAUUGCCUCUUCCCACAACAUCAAGAACCUCGACCCUAUUGACAAGGUCACUGUCCUCACUCUCCGUCGUUACCCCAAGGCUCGUGAGAUCCUUUCCCGCAACUGGAUCACCGAGAAGUACACUCCCUUCGACCCCGUCUCCAAGCGUAUUACCACUGUUUGCACCUGUGAUGGUGUCCGUUACACUUGCGCCAAGGGUGCCCCCAAGGCCAUCCUCAACCUGUCUGAGUGCUCUGAGGAGGAGGCUAAGAUGUACCGUGACAAGGCUGGUGAGUUCGCUCGCCGUGGUUUCCUUGCUGGGCAUGUACCCCAUGUUCGAUCCCCCCGUGACGAUACCGCCCACACCAUCGCUGAGGCCCAGGUCCUCGGUCUGUCCGUCAAGAUGCUUACUGGUGACGCCAUCGCUAUUGCCAAGGAGACUUGCAAGAUGCUUGCUCUUGGUACCAAGGUCUACAACUCUGAGCGUCUGAUCCACGGUGGUCUUGCUGGUUCCGCCCAGCACGACCUUGUUGAGAAGGCUGACGGUUUCGCUGAAGUCUUCCCCGAGCACAAGUACCAGGUCGUUGAGAUGCUCCAGCAGCGCGGUCACUUGACUGCCAUGACUGGUGACGGUGUUAACGAUGCUCCUUCCCUCAAGAAGGCUGAUUGUGGUAUUGCUGUUGAGGGUUCCACUGAGGCUGCCCAGGCUGCCGCUGAUAUUGUCUUCCUUGCCCCCGGUCUCUCCACCAUUGUCGAUGCCAUCAAGCUUGCCCGUCAGAUCUUCCAGCGCAUGAAGGCUUACAUCCAGUACCGUAUUGCCCUGUGUCUCCACCUUGAGAUCUACCUUGUUACCUCCAUGAUCAUCAUUGAGGAGACCAUCCGCUCUGACCUCAUUGUCUUCAUCGCCCUGUUCGCUGAUUUGGCUACCAUUGCUGUCGCUUACGACAACGCCCACUUCGAGCCCCGCCCCGUCGAGUGGCAGUUGCCCAAGAUCUGGGUCAUCUCCGUCAUCCUUGGUGUUCUCCUCGCUGCCGCUACCUGGAUCAUCCGUGCCACCCUCUUCCUUUCCGACGGUGGUAUCAUCCAGAACUUCGGUUCUCCCCAGGAGAUCCUCUUCCUCGAGGUUGCCCUUACUGAGAACUGGCUCAUCUUUGUCACCCGUGGUGGAAAGACCUGGCCAUCGUGGCAGUUGGUUAUUGCCAUCUUCAUCGUCGAUGUGCUCUCCACCCUAUUCUGUGUCUUCGGUUGGUUGUCCGGCUUCGAUGAGACCCACCCCUACGAUGCCGCCACCCCCAUUUUCUCCAAGAACAACGACGUCGACAUUGUCACCGUCGUUGUCAUCUGGGGUUACUCCAUUGGUGUUACCGUCAUCAUCGCUGUCGUGUACUACCUCCUCUCCAUCAUUCCCGCUCUUGACAACCUUGGCCGCAAGACCCGCUCCAAGGCUGACACCAAGAUUGAGAACAUGAUCGCUCACCUUUCCAAGCUCGCCAUCGAGUGCGAGAAGGGCCCCGAUGGCAACACCCGCUACACCAUUGGUGCGCGUGCCGAGGAGGCUGAGGAUGACGAGUAA